UGCGCUUGCGCAUCUGAGUUCCCAGAAGCCCCUGCGAGGCGCGCAAUGCGAAUGUUUUUAUAAUGGACACGAAUUGACAGUGUCUCUUUUUUAAUAUCUAUAUAUCUGUUUAUACGUCGGUACAUGUAGCAGAUUAUCUCGCAGCCGAAUGACUGUUAUUAGCUGUACCACCUCCCGUCUUUUUGGACAAUUUUGACGGAGUUUCCUUUCACCAAGUUUAGGUGGUUAUCACAGGUGUGCUGUUUGGAGUAGAUCAGACUUAAGUCUGAUUCACUAGACAAGGAUGAGUGUUUCAGAUCUGAGUGCAUCCAGUACACCUUCAGACUCCAGAGACAAACUCCAGGAUCUGUUGAAUGCUGUGAGGGAAUUUCAUGAAUCCACACUGCAAGAAUUACAGGCAAAAGUAAGCAAACUGAAGAAAGAGCGAUGUUUAGAUGCUCAGAGAUUGAGUGAAUUUCACAGCAAGAACCAACAACUAAGAGAACAGCAGAAAGACUUGCAGGAGAAAAUCAGACAGCUUGAGAACAGGGUGCGUUCUGGACCAUGUGACCGUUGUGCUACAACAGAGAAGCAGAUUCAAAAGACAAAUACUGAUAAAGAAAAUCAGAUUCUCAUCGCUGAGCUUGAGGCGGAGAGAAAGAGUCUUACAGAUGAAAACAGAAGAAUGAGUGUUGAAUUGGAGCGACUCCGGAAGUCAAGUUCUCCUCAGCAUGUGUCUUCUGAAGCGGAGGACGGCAUUAUUCCCGACUCUCCGCUGCGCCCGCUCUCUUUACCUGUUGUUAGUAAGAUGAAACGACGGAAAGAUCAUCAUGUCCGCUAUGCUGAGAAACCACUGUCGCUCUCACACCCCGAGCACAGACGAGGCGAUCUGUCUGCACUGUCUGCUCCCGAUGACACCGGCGUGUUAGUUGCUGAGACAUGCGAGAUGGACGUGACUUGUAUUGCAGAGCCGGUUAACAAGAAGCAUUACAGGACGGUGGUUCCUGAGACCUGCAGAAUAGACGUCCAGCCGGAGCAGUUUGAUGAGGAUGAUGAAGAUGGCCUUCAAACUUUACCACGCACUGACACAAGUAAACAUCAAGACACAACUAUCACCACUGCGAUCAGGAACGAUGACUCCCAAACCAUCUUGAGUUCUCGAGAGCAGCAGAGGUCAACAGACGACAUCCCGCUCACACCCCCAAACAACAACAAACGCCUGCCGGUUACAGGAAAGAGAAAACACAGAAACUCCAAGAUUAUGGAAAAGAAUUUUGAUAGCAGUCUGGAUGACCCAGAUGAGACGGAAAUCAAAAGCAUGAAGUUUGCUUCUACUCCAGCGAACCGCCGUUUAGAGGAGAUACACAACCAGACACAACUGAUUCAGACGCAGGAUUCAAAGAUUCCUUCAAAGAGGAAAUGUUUGGAGACACUUCAGCAAACGUCACUCAAAACUCCUCACCCAAAGAGCCAGAACAAAGCACCUUUUCCUUACGAUCAAAGCUGGAGUGUUGAUCCGGGAGCAGAUCUGCAUCAAUAUGAUUCACAACACUCUCCACAACCAGAGGCCAGACCUGACUUGGAAACAUUGGACAGUGACUACACAUUUGUGAGCCACAGUAUGCUGCUAAGAGGGCAGAAGAGGACAGAAUUAAGCCAAACGACAGGAAUCGGACAGAAAGCGAACGACAGCCUUGCUGACAUUUUCGAUAAGACGGCGUACGGAGAAUACGAGUCAUGUCCUCGAGAUGAGAGCUGUGAUGUGGACGUUACGCAUGCUGAUGAAAGAGAGCAAGAUGAGAUGGGAGAGGAAGAGCAAGUUGAAGAAUUUCGCAGGCCUGCAGACAGGAAACAAAUAAAGUCCAAUGGUGAUGCUUCUAGCAGGAAUAAAUCUUUUGCUUGCGUGGAAGUUGUGCGCAAGAAAGACGAGAGGAGAAAGCUGAAGGGCCACUAUUGUAAAGAGUGUGAAGUAUAUUAUGCACAUCUCCCAGAGGAAGAGAGAGAGAAAAAACUGUCUUCCUGUUCACGCCAUCGUUACCGGUACAUUCCGCCCUCCACUCCGGAAAACUUCUGGGAAGUGGGAUUCCCAUCAACACAGACCUGUGUGGAGAGAGGAUAUAUCAAAGAGGAUGAGCAGCCGGACGUGAGGAUACGCAGGAGACGACCGUACCUCGCCAUAUUCUCCCCAAAAGCAAAGUCACAAAACAAGCAGAUCUGAGUCGAAUUGAAAAAUAAAAAAAUAUGAAUUGUA